UAGGACCAGACCACACUCUUGUAGGGAAAGGAAAGAAGGAAGUCCUGCAUACAUUACAUUUAAAAGACGGGAUGGUUAUUGUUAGAACGUCUUAGUUCAUUGAAUUGCUCGGUUACAGUUGACCUAGGGUUAAAGAACACCAACAAUGAAAUAAUGAUUAAAUAAAUAAAUAAAACGAGCCAAGUGAAGGGAAAUAACUGCUGUCUGACUGUUAGCCCAGCCAUUGUGGCCCGUCGAGGCGAAGAAAACUUGUGAAGUGGACGAUUUUAAACUGACAAAUCAUUUGUAGUUCGUUCACAAUGGAGGGCAAACUUAGAUGAAAUACAUCGUUAAAAUUUCAUCUGUUGCGAUCACAAAUUUAUGGUUGUUACAGUCCCUGGGUAAAACAACUCAAGAAUUCAUAACUGUGAAAUAUUAACAAAUGGCUGCUAUAAACUCCAGUGACAUUUCUCUGUCAGAUAUUGUCCGAAUUGUCUCAUCGCUGUCUGACAUCUGUGCAAGCUCCAUAGGUCCCAUGUGUGAGAAGACUCUUUUCACAACUUCUACUGGAUCGGUACAGUUUGUCACUAAUGGCAUUGACAUUCUUAAUGCUUUGCAGUUUUCCCAUCCAGUCGCAAAGUUUGUGGUAAAUUCUCUUCAGCAUGUACAUUCUGUGACGGGAGAUGGCAGCAAAUUAUUUAUUCUUUAUAUCACUGAAUUAACACGGUCUGUUGAACUGCGAGUGAACUCUUCUUCUCAGACAAAUGGCACUCAGUUCAGAGAAAAUAUGCGUAGAAUAUCUCAGGGCUUGAGAAACUUUAAGCGUCUAAUAAUGGAAUUUGAGUUCAGAAAUCGUUUAUCUUUUUUCAGUUCUAUCAAUUUUUCCGACUUUUUACUCAUCUGUUGCCAUCUGAAGCAAGUUUGUAAAUCAGUUUUAUUGAGUUCUUUGUCUGACAAAGAAUCGGUUUAUUUCUCAUCUCUACUCAUUGAUUUUCUUAGUUAUGGUGUCGAAUGUACCGAUUCUUUACAUCAAGUCAUUGACUUUACUAUUAAACACUUUGAUGUAUUAAUUCACAAAGAUAUUGGACAUUGUUACAGUUCUUCAAAGGUUCUACCUGGAAUACUCAUACCAUGUGAAGGAACAUUAUCCCUUGAUCUAUCAUCUUCCAAAGAGGAAAUUGUAUCAGUCAUUUUGCAGAAUUUCUUAACAUCUGAUGAAGAUGCAGAAACAACCAAAGCCACAUUUAAAAUAACAGAGUUUUAUGAGUUCAGUUCCUUAGUUGCCUUCCAAUAUCACCAAUGUGAGGCCUUCAUCAAGCAGUGUACACUAAACAAUGUAAAACUAGUUUGCUGUUGUCAUGAGAUUCCAAAAUUUGCUGAAACUUUGUUCCAGCAACAUGGCAUUUAUACUAUUUCUUACUUACCUGAAGAAUUCUGUGAGUAUUUUCAAACUGUAGCCAAAAAGCAACCUCUUUCAUGUAUUAGAGACUCUCUCUGUGACAGUUCACUAGUUUCAUUUGGUUUACAUAAAAGGAUUGUCAUAAAUGGUUCCACGUAUCUUCAAAUGACGCUGCAGUCUUGUCCACUUUUGGUAAAUGCCUCUUCCAGUCUUAUACUCACAGCACCAACGUUAGGUAUGGUUCACAGCUUAUCCCAACAGAUCUUUAAAUGUUUGAAGUCUCUUAGAAUGUGCUUUGAAACAUUUCAAAUUCUGCCAUUUGAUCGUGAAAAUAUUACUAAUGAAAACUUUACUUUAACAGCACCAACCCCUUCUUCAAAUAUCUUUACCAUUCCUGCAAUGACUUUCCAAACCAAAAUGUUGCAAUAUAGUCAGGAAAGAACUUUUAAGAAUAUAUCUCACAAUAAUAAUGAUGAUGAUGAUGAUGGUGAUAUUCCAUGGGAAAUUCUUCAUGAUACAUUUAGAAGUGUCUGCAGGAAAGUUUGUACACCACAAAAAUUUAGUCCAAUUCAAAUUCAGAAUUGGUUACCUGAGCCUGAUGAAAUAAAAAUGAAUAACAAUAAUUCUGAGGAAUUCUACAAAGAAGGAAGCUGGUUACCACUAUACACAGAGUUUUAUAUCCUGCAUUCUUCACUCCAAGUGGUGAUUCAGCUUUUAAAUAUGGACCAAAUAGUCAAAGUGAAAAGCAUUAAAAAAAAUGUUUGAUUUGAAAAAUAAGUGCUGACACACUUAAUGCAGGGAGGAUGACAACUUGAAUUAAACAAGACUACACCUGUAUGAGGUGAGGAACUAGACAAGACUACGCCUAUACUGAGUGAAGUGAAGAGAACAAUGUAAAAGUCAAAUCGAUCUAACAAAAGAAAGGGAGAUAAUGUAAAAUAAAUUAUUUUUUAAAACUGGA